GUACUGUGAGCUGCAGAAUGGCCAAUAAAGCCAAGCCCAGCGAGGCCCUGAAGGUGGUGGCCCGGUGCCGCCCCCUGAGUAGGAAAGAAGAGGCUGCUGGCCAUGAGCAGAUUCUGGAGAUGGAUGUGAAGCUGGGACAAGUGACCCUCAGGAACCCUCGGGCUGCCCCAGGGGAGCUGCCCAAGACUUUUACCUUUGACGCGGUAUACGAUGCCAGCUCUAAGCAGGCUGACCUGUACGAUGAGACAGUGCGCCCACUCAUAGACUCGGUGUUGCAGGGUUUCAAUGGCACUGUUCUUGCUUAUGGCCAGACGGGCACCGGCAAGACCUAUACCAUGCAGGGCACCUGGGCUGAGCCGGAGCAGCGAGGGGUCAUUCCCAGUGCCUUUGAGCACAUCUUCACUCACAUCUCCCGUUCCCAGAACCAGCAGUACCUGGUUCGGGCCUCUUACCUGGAGAUCUACCAGGAGGAGAUCCGGGACCUGCUCUCCAAGGAGCCAGGCAAGAGACUGGAGCUGAAAGAGAACCCAGAGACUGGGGUCUACAUCAAGGAUCUCUCUUCCUUUGUCACCAAGAACGUCAAAGAAAUAGAGCACGUAAUGAAUCUGGGCAACCAGGCCAGGGCUGUGGGAAGUACCCACAUGAACGAGGUCAGCUCCCGUUCCCAUGCCAUAUUUGUCAUUACAGUGGAGUGCAGUGAGCGGGGUUCUGAUGGCCAAGAACACAUCCGGGUGGGCAAGCUCAAUCUGGUAGACCUAGCUGGCAGUGAGCGGCAGGGCAAAGCAGGCACCAACACAUCUGGAGGGGCAGCUACGCAGCCUUCAGGGGGAGGGGGUGGCACUGGAGAAAGGCCCAAAGAAGCAUCAAAAAUCAAUCUCUCCCUUUCUGCUCUGGGUAAUGUGAUCUCAGCUCUGGUGGAUGGCAGGAGCACCCACAUCCCCUACCGGGACUCCAAGCUGACUCGGCUGCUUCAGGACUCCCUCGGGGGAAAUGCCAAGACCAUCAUGGUGGCCACCCUGGGCCCGGCCUCACACAGCUACGAUGAGAGCCUGUCCACUCUACGCUUUGCCAAUAGGGCUAAGAAUAUUAAGAACAAGCCUCGGGUGAACGAAGAUCCCAAGGACACGCUCCUACGGGAGUUCCAGGAGGAGAUUGCCCGCCUGAAGGCUCAGCUGGAGAAGCGGGGGCUUCUGGGUAAGCGCCGGAGAAGCAGCCGCAGGAAGAAGUCAGUGGCCAUUGAGGGGUACCCAGAGGGUUCUGUAACUGAGGCCUGGGUUGCUGAUGAGGAAGAUGACAACAACAAUAACAACAGACCACCCCAGCCUACUCCAGAGGUCCCUCUGGAGAAGAAUAUGGAGAACUAUCUGCAGGAACAGAAGGAAAGACUGGAGGAGGAAAAAGCAGCUAUACAAGAUGACCACAGCCUGGUCAAUGAGGAGAAGCAGAAAUUAUUGGAGGAGAAGGAGAAGAUGAUUGAGGACCUGAGGAGGGAGCAGCAAGCCACAGAGCUCCUGGCCACCAAAUACAAGGCAAUGGAGAGCAAGCUGCUGAUUGGAGGCCGAAAUAUAAUGGAUCAUACCAAUGAGCAACAGAAAAUGUUGGAGCUUAAAAGGCAAGAGAUUGCUGAGCAGAAACGCAAAGAGCGCGAAAUGCAACAGGAGAUGUUGUUGAGGGAUGAAGAGACCAUGGAGCUCCGGGGAACCUAUACCUCUCUGCAGCAGGAGGUUGAAGUCAAAACAAAAAAACUCAAGAAGCUCUAUGCUAAGCUGCAGGCAGUGAAGGCAGAAAUCCAGGACCAGCAUGAUGAGUACAUCCGUGUGCGGCAAGACCUGGAGGAAGCACAGAAUGAACAGACCCGGGAGCUCAAGCUCAAAUAUCUAAUCAUUGAAAACUUCAUCCCUCCUGAGGAGAAGAAUAAGAUCAUGAAUCGUCUUUACCUGGACUGUGAGGAGGAGCAAUGGAAGUUCCAGCCACUGGUGCCAGCUGGAGUCAAUAACAGCCAGAUGAAGAAGCGGCCAACCUCAGCAGUGGGCUACAAGAGACCCAUCAGCCAGUAUGCCCGGGUUGCCAUGGCAAUGGGGUCCCACCCCAGAUACAGGGUGCCAGAGUCCUCAGCUGCUACCCUCUUCCACCUCGCAUGUCCCAAUGGCCUCCAGUUCUCUGCGUCCCUCUACGAUGCUGACCCACGAGUGACAGCCUCCAAGGACCAUGCGGCCUGGCCCCACAGACUCUGGGGAUAUGGGCAGUCAGCCUCGAAUCAUCUCAUCUGCGGCUUUGUGUGCGUGCAUGUGUGUGUGUGUGUGUGUGUGUGUGUGUGUGUACGUGUGUAUGUGAGGGGGUGAGAAUCUAGCACUGUCCCCCUGCCCUCAAUUGUUAGCCUCCUUUAUUUAUUUAAUGUUAUUUAUUCAUGGAGCUCAGCUGGUAUGGGGGAAAUGACCUUCACUGAGGCCUCUGGGGCUGGCAGCAGUCACUGGGCAGCUUCCUUUCCCUCUUGCUAGUACCUCUCAGUUGGGCAUCAGGCCAGUGCCCAUAUUGGCUGUCUCUUGAAGGGACAGUGGCUGGUGCCUGAGAAAAAGUGUUCUUCACUACGCAUCCCAUGCUAUGAUCUCCAUCUCCUUCUCAUCCCAUGUGGCACUUAGAGACACCACCAGGCAACUUCUGAUGGUGGAAGACUGUUGGCUGUCCAGGAAAAGUUGCUUCCCAGUAAUGGUGGUUCCAGAAGGCCUAACCAGGGAGCCCUGAGGUGCUGCUGAGCUGCAAAGGCUGAAGCUCGAAUUCUCUGGGGCCCAGGCAGCCCCUCUCAGCUUUUCUCUAGGACACUUCCAAGGACUCAAAUAACCUCAUUGCAUCAGGUCACAACCUUCGGUUUUGAUGCGGAGCCCUGGCUCUCUACAAACUGUUUCCUUCCUUCUCUCUCAACCCUUCACUUGGAUUCUAGGGCCAGGGCUGGGGAAGGCAGUUGCUGCCAUUUACAAGCUCAAGUUGAAGAUGUUUGCCGGGAGGGGACAGCACUUGGUUCUCCAUGUCUAAGAGGCGGUGUCUUGCCACAGCCACUGAGGGGACCCAAGCUCUAAGCUGCAGGAGGAAUCUGCACCAACCUGACUUUGAAAAAAAAAAAUCAGCUCUUCAUACCUGGUGCUUCCCUCCGUGUUUCAGCACAGGUAUAGAGGACCCAGGCACUCUUAAUAGCGUCACUUAAUACUACUUACUGCUUCUGAAUCCAAGUUCCUGGGGAUGUUGCCUUUUUGAAAAUGAACCAAUCCCUUUGCAGCUAUUAUGUGAAUCAGCCCCUAGAAUAGUAAUUCCCAAACCUUGUUAUACUGGUCGAUGGUGUCUCAUUUCAGAAGAUGUACAGAAUUCUAAAAAACAAAAAAAAACCUUUUAAUUUUAAUUGAAUUUAUUUUUUUUAAAAUACACACUUGAGGAGAAGGGGCAGAUAUCAUGAACUCAAAUAAAUGUUUAGAGUGUCAUGACUUCCAAAAGGUUGGGAAUCACUAGUUUAGGGAUUUCCUUAUAUCUGCCUCCAUUCUUAUCCUCAUCUAAUUUCAUGUGACUUCUUUUCAUAAAAGCUUUCAGAUUCUCUUGGUCACUCCACCAACAGAAUGGGGAUCCCCAUUUAUUGGAGGAAACCUGAGGCCCACCAUACUAUAUAGCCCUUGGUAUGUUCAGGGGUGACACUGUUCCCUCACAUAGCCUUCUUCCCCCGCCCCCAGAGAAAUAGUACCCAUCCACAGGUCCUGUUCUUCUUUUAGCUCUGAACUUUGCCUCUCUUCUUUGGCUCUGAGGUGUUUUCCCUUCAAGCUUCCUUAAGGGACUCAGCCCUUAUGGACCUUCUAGCUAGCUUGUUUCUGGUCACAAGCCCCUCUUCUUCAAGGGAAACAGUUACAUAUCGGAGCAGGAAAGGACUUGAAUCAGAAAACUAAGCAGGAAGGUUUGACCUGGGCUGAGAUGGCAGCUGGCCGGAAGCUUCCCAGGUGUCAUGGGAGAUAAGGGCUUAUCUUCCUGACUACACCUCCCAGUCUGGGGAUAAAAGUUGGGAAAGCCUUCUCUCUCUUCCUCCAGCCUUUGAAGGUGGAGGAAACAGAGCUAUUGUCAUCUUUUCACAUUUGCUCAAGGCUGGGGACCCUAUUUCUUCAAUUGCCUUCAAUUAUUCACUAUCUGGUCAUUUGGUCACUCAGUCUUAUAGCACAAUCCCUGACUUCCCCACCCCCCAGGUCUGAGGUUCUGGACCUGAGGUCAUGAGAGGAGCUUCCCAUCUGCCUGUCACCUAUGUGUGUGUGCGUGUGUGUGGAUGUAUGUGUUUACCUCACUAUGGGGACUCUUCACACUCAGUGUAAAAUAUCCUGGGGACAGGGCUGAUGGGGGUGGCAAGGUUUCAGUCUCUUUUCCUUCUAAUGGAUCAGACAUUGGAUUAACAAAGUACAGGCCUUGAUUAGGACCAAAUUUCUAUGCCUGUUGCUAUGGUAUUUAUUUAGAACUCCACCGUUGAACAUAUGAUGGCCCUCUUGUCACUCUAUCCAUAUGAAUAUACAGGACGUAUUAUAAAUAUAUAUAUAUAUAAACAUUAUCCUCUGUCUCCCCGGCUUAGGAUGGAGGCCUCUCUGUUGAGCUGUUGUGCACCUACCAUUUGGUGCUGCCAGCAAGCCAUCAGCCCUAGCCCUAUUCAGAUGAACAAAAUCAACAAUAAAGGAAUGAGUAUCAUUA